CAAAAUGACCAUCUUCUUGGUGCGGAAAUGGCGCGACGGGCGCCUCAAACUCCGCAGGAAGGCGCAGAUGGGCGAGGAUCACAUGGACAUGCCGGACGAAGCGGUGAGCCUUCUGUGGAGGCCCAGCGUCUUCUUCGACAACGAGAAGGACUCGGUUGUGCACUCCGUGACGGCGCCCAACAGCAUGCUGAAGAUCUACAAUGACAGCAGGGUCCUGCUCUCCAUGAGAAUCACGCUCACCCUCAGCUGUCCCAUGGACAUCACAGACUUCCCUCGGGAUAGCCAAAUCUGCCCCUUGACCAUCACCAGUGCCAGCUACACGGCAAACGAAAUGUUUCUGCAAUGGGACGAAAAAGAGAGAGGCAUCAUCCACAAGGACAUCAAGAACCUCCAGUUUGAAUUGGAAAAUAUCAUAUUGUACAACAACUGUACCAACUCUGAAAUCAUGGGAAACUUUUCGUGCCUGCACGCCGGUUUCAAGCUGCAGCGGAAAACAUCUUCCUCCGAAAAGCAAAUGUUCGCGUCGAGUUUCCUCAUCACCGUGCUGUCCUGCUUUUCGUUCCUCAUCCCCAUCAAUAAAGCUCCGGCGCGCGUCUCGAUCGGCGUCGCCACGACCAUCUCGAUGGCCACGCAGUGCACCAGUGCUCACGCCAACAUGCCCAAGGUUCCGUACAUGACAUCCAUGGAUCACUGGUUGAGCUUUUGCUUCAUUUUCAUCAUCACCACGUUCACAGUUAGCAUUCUGCAGAUUUGCUAUUCGGGUAUCAAGAAUGACAUCUCGACACAAAGAGCAGCAGGGACACCAGCAACUACUCCGCCUCCAUCACCACGGACACAAAAUAGACAAGGGACUUCCGCUCGAUCGGCCUCACAAAACACUUCAGGCUCUGGCGCUGACAGACGGACUUCCCAGGACGUUGCCCAACCGGAACAAGAUGAGUCAGCGGGCGCUCUGUGCCCUGGUAGAAACAAUGAACGAGAUCUCCUCCAAAAUGAACGUCAAUCGGUAAGUGCGUGGAUUCCAGUGCUUCAUGGCAGCCCACGAAUUGAGAGUUCAAUGAAGCGGCCGAUAGUUUCUCGCCAUGCAUACCCAAACUCUGGACAUAACCCUCAACCCAUAGAGAUGCACGGCCAGGAUACAUAGAGACCCAUGAAGAAAAAAACACAGUGAUUCAUAGGCACAUUCACGACAAGCCACAGUAGUGUGAUUGUGGCCAUGGAUUCCAAACUACGUACCGCACAGUAGGCCCACUGUAGCCUGCACUCAUUUAUUGCAGUUUUAGCAAAACCCAUACAAACUCUCUCUCUCUUCUGAAGCCUUGACGCCGUGACGAGUAGACCUCGACAUUGGCAUCGAGCUCAUAAAUGGAGUUGGCCAUACUCCAUGUGGAUAUUGCAGCACUGCAGGAGACCCGGCUUGCUGGCAGUGGCUCACUGCGAGAGAGUGACUACGCUUCCUACUGGCGAGGAAAACAGCGGAACGAACCAAGGCAACACGGUGCUGGGUUCGCCGUCACAAAACACGCUCCGUGGCAUGAUAGAACCACCGACUGCAGGCUCCGAGCGGAUUCUGCUCAUGAGACGGCUCGCUGCUUCUGGCCAUGUAAACAUCCCGAGUGUCUACGCCCCAACACUCUGCUCACCCCCCCGGAGAUUCAUGACCAGCUCUAUGAAGAGCUUCGCAACAUUUUUCGCAAAAUCCCCAGCUCUGAGCACAUGUUUCUGUUGGGAGACUUCAAUGCAAGGGUUGGGGCUGACCACGACGCGCGGCCCGCAUGCCUUGGCUAUCACGGCAUUGGAAAGAUGAAUGCCGGUGGCCCUAGACUACUGUGGCUUUCUUCAUACCACAAUCUCUGUAUCACAAACUCAUUCUUUCUCACAAAACCAUGCCAUAAAGUAUCAUGGAGACAUCCGGGGGUCUCUUAAUUGGCACCAACUGGACCUCGUCAUCACCCGACGAGCCCUCCUCAACUCGGUACUCGUCACACGCGGCUACCACGGUGCAGUCUGUGACACCGAUCACUCUCUGGUAUCCAGCAAGGUCAGACUACGUCCCAAAAAAGAUGCACGGACUCAAACAAAAGCGCUCCCUACGCAUCAACU